GGGGGUGGCGGGGGCGGCCGGAACCCCGCUCCCUGUCCCGGUCGAAACGGCAGGUGGGCACCGUGUGAGGGGAUGGGGCAGGGCGGGCCGUGCCGGGGGCACUUGGCUCCCGUUGACGCUGCGUAGGUACAGCAGCCGGCUGGCCCGGAGCCCGCGGAAAGGUGCAUUUUCUUAACGGCUUUUCAAACGCACACACACAAACAGACCCCCGCUUCCCCCCCAAAAGUAUUUUCUUAGGAUUAGAUGCUUCAGUAGUACCUUUGACGGAUGAGUCUUCUGAGCGUCUUCUGAGCCAAGGACUUAAGCCUGUGCAGGGACAUGAAGCCUUUUGGGAAGGCUUUCAAGAGGAAGAGUUAGUACACUGCUCUGAAGUUGAUACGAGCUUCUCUGAGGAAAACAUCAGGGCCUGAAGGAUCUGUGAUAGGGAGCAGUUGUUUUCAGAUACCUGCAUUAAAUCUCAGCCUUGCUUUUCUGCCACCUGCUGCAGAACAGAAGAUUAGCAGACAUGUCCAUAGCACUCAAGCAAGUCUUUAAUAAGGAUAAGACUUUCCGCCCAAAACGCAAGUUUGAACCUGGAACCCAGAGGUUUGAACUUCACAAACGAGCGCAGGCCUCUCUGAACUCAGGGGUGGACUUGAAAGCGGCCGUGCAGUUGCCCAGUGGAGAAGACCAAAAUGACUGGGUGGCUGUCCAUGUUGUUGACUUCUUCAAUAGGAUCAACCUCAUUUAUGGAACUGUCUGUGAGUUCUGCACAGAGAGGACCUGCCCAGUGAUGUCUGGAGGCCCUAAGUAUGAGUACCGAUGGCAGGAUGACAUGAAGUACAAGAAGCCCACAGCAUUGUCAGCACCCCAAUAUAUGAAUCUUCUCAUGGACUGGAUCGAGGUGCAGAUCAACAAUGAAGAUAUAUUUCCUACCAGUGUAGGUGUUCCCUUUCCAAAGAACUUUCUUCAGAUCUGCAAGAAGAUACUCUGCCGGCUUUUUCGAGUGUUUGUUCACGUAUACAUCCAUCACUUUGACCGUAUCAUCCUCAUGGGAGCAGAGGCUCACGUCAAUACCUGUUACAAGCAUUUUUAUUACUUUGUGACAGAGCUGAACCUUAUAGACCGCAAAGAACUAGAGCCUUUGGAAUGCAACCUGCUGUAUGCAAGGCAACACAAUCUCUUCCAAAUAGCUGAUUUCUUUAGCUCAACACAGCAUAAAUCAUCAUAAAUGUGAUUUGAAGAUUUAAAGUACUCAAAGAAAGAAAGAGAUGACAACCAGGAUGUGUCACUAGAAAGCUACCCACUAAAGAGAUGCAAACUCCAAUUUCCUUCUUACUGCAGAGUUCAAGAAUGUGACAGCCCUCAUGGAUUGAACCUGCUUUUUAAUCCAUGAAAGCAGGAAAGUUGGGAACCACAGUUACUUUCACAAACACUUCCUGCCACUGUCAGGGUUCUUAACCCUGAAUAUGCUGCUAGGAACCUCAUCUGAGUGACAUGGAUUAUUAAGAAAAAGAAGAAUCAAUUUCAUAUUAGUUCUAGCUGCUUCAUCAGGGACAAGAACAUCUUCAGCCAUGAAGGAUGACAGACUGUGCUCCUGCUGCUAAAGCUUUAUUGAAAUUCAAGUCCCUUGGCUGGCCUCCAGAUUAGUUAUUUUGAAACAAAACUGUAUUGUUAGUUGCAACGUUGUGGGUUUUUUUCUUUUGUUUCUUGGUAUGUACUUUGUUUCCUAAGUGCCACAGAAUAUUGAUGAUCUGGAAUCGCAAAGGCUUUUAGCCUUUAAUAGUCUCCACCCUUCACCAGGGCACCCAAGCUUGGUCACCAGUCCCAAAUGCCAUGGAGCCCUGUGGUUCCAGGAACACAGCCACAUCCUUCAGCUGAUCAGGCAGUUUGUUCUUCAUUGUGACUCAUAACCGGUGACAAUGGGACAGUUUCUGAUCUCAAUUACAUGAGUAGGAAUCCAGACAUAGCUCUGCAGUGUGAAGUCUUUUCUUUGAAUUCAUACUGUGACUGACAGCGAAUCUGCUCAAUAUCUCUACAUUACAUAAAAAAAACCCAACUAUAGUCAGCAUUUUCCUGAAGUACCCUAUGAAGUACACCAAUCUAUCAUGCAAUUUGCUAUCCUUCUGUCCUCUUAGAAAAAGGAUCCCUCAUUUGCCUUAAAGUUUCAUCUUUUCAGGGAAAAAGAAAUUUAAUUUUAGUAACUGGGAGGAAAACACAGUAAAGGUGAGUAGUAUAAUGGCUAGAGCAGAAGGACCUAAGUGAAGGUCUCUGUUGCAUCUAAAUGGUGUCCAGCAGUGCAGCUUGCUUUCCACAAUGGACUAACACAAAAUUUUUUUCCCAGUACUCGGUCCAGCUUAACUAACACAUGUCUGAACAGGAUGGAAGGAUCCAUUACAGUAAAUCAAGUCUUCUAUGACGAAUAUGUCCUUAUAAGAGGCUUUGUCUAAAAAAAAAUUAUAAUAAUAAAAAAGAAUAAAUAAAGCAAUAUUUAACUGAGAGAUCACAAGGGAGAUACAGCUGAAUAAAUGGAAAUCAAGUGGACACACCUAUGUGUUCUGUGCCUUCUAAUGAAUUUUGCACACGUGUUAUUGUGAAAGAUAACUCCUUCCUGAGUUAAGUGCUGAAGCCUGUUGCUGCCUUCUCAAGUGACUUAAGUAUGUUUACAUCUUCUGAAACAGUAUCAGAAGCAAAUCUGGUGGAGUAUCCAGUGGCUGGAACAUUUGAAAUACAGUGGUAGCAGACAGUAAAGAAUAACAGCAAACCUUUCCUAGCUCAUAUUGUGGUACAUUCAGAUUGGCUUGCCUGCUUGCUUAAAAUAGGGCUUCUAAAUGGUAAUAAUCGCAUCCUCGCUGGAACAAAGGGCUUUUUUGUCUGUGAACAUUCAGUGUAGCUAUGGUGGAGGCUUUUCUGCAUCUUUAGAAUUAUGCAAGCAGCAGCAUCCUUUUCUUUCAAGGGGAUAGACUUAAGUGUUCCUACCUCCUUUAGUGGUCUUUGCAAUGAAAUUAAUUCUUUAAUGAAAUUAAUGCACACACAGAUAAAUUCUGGCCUGCUGGCCCUUUUCCAGGAUAUAUCUAGCUUGUGGAAUUCAUUGACACAGCUAUUGCUGAGCUUAGUUGCCUCAUUUUAAAGAAGAUGAAAAAUGUUAAAUCUUUGGAAGAAGGUACAUGAUACAUGUGGGUGACAACUGCCUGGAAUUACAAUAUGAAUUGCAUAAGAAAGGGUUUCUUGUACUACUCUAAAGUGCCUGGGCUGUUGCACUGUUGGAGAUGGAACUGUGGCUGAUACAAUGCUCUUGAAUUUCACUGUGCUCAGUUGCCAUCUGGUGUUCUCAUGACUGGGCAGUACUGCAGUGCUAUAUUUUAAAGUUUCACGUGAAGAUGCAAAUGAGUGAAAUUUUGUGCAUAAAGAUCAGUCACUACACACAUUGAAAAACAUGGCAUUUUAUGCAUUAAAAUAAUAUAUUCUUCACUUUAUUAUGCUACUUACCGUAUGUUUGAGUCUAUUCACUGUAACUCAGUCUGAAGAUGAAGCAGAAUUUGUUCCCAGUUACUCUGAAUUAUUUUUCAAUAACAUUUUUGUGAAUGCAUUACAUUUGUGAAUGCAAAAUUUAUCUGUUGGAGUGGUUUCCUUUUUUGUAAAACUGUUUUUCAGAAACUCUUAUGCUUCCUUUUCUAGUACAGCAUACUGUCUGAGGUAAAGGAGGGAAAUGCAGAAUUGUAUGCUAGAGGAUUUGUCUUUGACAUUGCCAAAAUUCCUGUAAUGGGAAAGGCCCAUUACAACCCAGGAGCUGAACCAGCUACAACAAAGUGCAAAAUACACUCGUUUUGGUUGCUUAUUCUGCUGGGAAGAACAUGGAAUUUGCUAAAUGAAUAAAUGUCCUCCAAAUGGCAGGGUUUGGCCUUUGGCUAAAUGCAUCCCAACAGGUACUUUUGCUUCCACUGCACAGGUGUUCAGCCAUGGCCAGGCCAUCUCAUGCCAUUUCUCCUUUUCCUGUGCCUGGUGUGUGAUAUCCCAAUAAAAGCAAUGUCUGGAAUGUGGCAUCACUACAUAAAAGUAUCAUAUUAACCCUGCUCAUAGAGGAGAGAGGGGCAGAAUCCUGUUAGAUCUCAUACUCAAGGAUUCCAGCUUCAUCAGUAAUUUCUAGGGACCACAUCUGGACAGAACUGCGCUUUGGUUCUUUAUUGCAAGUCCCGAUUUGUGUGACUCCUCAGGAUAUGUAACAAGUACUGAGUUUAAAUGUGAUUGUAUGCAGAAGCAUCCAUUUCAUAAUGAGAAGAACUUUCUAACUGAUCUUACCACUUAUAUCUGUUCCUAAUAAUUCCAGCAUUUCAUAUGGUUCUGGGAUUUUGGGGGGAGAAGGGGUUGUUUGGGCUUGUUGUUUUGUUUUGGCGUUUUUUUAAUGACCUUUCUAAUCUUUCAAUCAAGUUUAGUUUUUCUUGCCUAAAAAGGAUUUUAAUUUUUUUUUAAUCUGGUACUUUAGAGAUGCUGUUAGUGUUAAGCUUCAAGGCACUGUAAGAGGGAUCACUUUAGCUGACUGAGACCACAGUCCACUUCAGAAAGUGAAAGGUUCCUGUGAUACCAAAAUUGCCUUCAGUGAUUAAAGACUUAAUAGCUUUCAAUGAUUGUCUGUGUAAUAAGGGAUUUUUAAUGGACUUCUACUUUGUGUGAACAUAGAUUAGUGUCACUGAGGUGACAAAUGUAACAUGAAACAAAUCUUUAUGUGACCUCUCUUAGGUUUUAUGAAAGAUGGAGACCCAGGAUCUAUCAAAGGGAUUAUUUUUUUUCAACUGAUAAGCAGCAGUUGUCCUUCCCCAAGGACAAUGCUGUCAACAAAAAGUAGCUUUCUCACUUCUCUGUGCCUCCAGAAAGGACGCCUCUCAUCUAUGCCCUCAGAAGAGAGACCACCAAAGGUUGGUUUUGCAUUAUCUGUUCGAAAGAGCAGAGGCAAGAGAGCCGGAGGUACCUGCAAGCACUGCAAAACAGGAUGCACUAUGUAUAGAACAGGAAUAUGCUUGCUAUUAUAUAAUAUGCUUUGAACUGUUUUUGAAAGGGGAUAACACUGGGGGACCCAGUAUAGACAAGUAGUCAGUGUUUAGGCAUUUUUUCCUAUAUAUUAGAAGAAAUUAAGACAUUUUUAAUAGUUAUGAACACUAUACCAAGGGCAAGGCAAGCCAAAUGAGUAAUAAGAACCUGAUAGUGGUAUACAUUUAAAUCUAAAAUGAUUAAACAUGAUUUUUCAUGUAUUUCACGCUAAAUAUAAAGGCAGUGUUUUUCAAGGUUUAGCCAAAUAAGUUGGCGCUAUUAAAGCAGUUGUUUAUUUUCUGUUUUAAUAAGUUUUCCUGUUUUAAAGACAGACGUAAUAUAAUAAAGUGUUGUAAUAAUAUUCUCCUGGAGAAAAAAAAAAAUAACUUGCCCAGCCUAAUACAUGUGUGUCGAUGCAUGUGUGUGUGCCCAUAUAUAUAUAUGUAUGUAUGUAUGUUUGGGUGAGGGUAUGGAUGUGGAAGUAUCAGUGUGGGCAUACGUACACUCCCUGCCCUUCCCCACAGAAUAAUUUUUUUUAUUUUGGUAAUGUUUCUGGGGGGUGCAUCUUUCUAAUAAGUGGUUGAUUCCUUUUCCUUCUCCAUGCAUCAGCGCUGUUUGGUAUGUUCAUUUUUUUCAGUGGUGUCAGUUGUGUCUUAAGCUCUUUGAGUUCUGUUUGUUAUUUAGUAGUGGUUCAGCUGUAUGGGAAGAGGGACCGACACUAACUGUUGUAGUCAUUAAAAGAAUAGCACCAAUUUAAAAUCCUAGUGGAUGAAGCGAUGAAAUCCAAAUCUGAAUAAAAGAAACAUAACCUUGCAGAA